UCCACUACACAAACCAGAACCAUAAGCUCUGCAAUAUAUAGCCUGACAAUCGCCGACUCUGCAUCAAGCAAAACCAUCCAAAGCACCAAAAACACCAAACCCUAAGAUGACUCACUCAUCAUUUACUCUUUAUUUUUUCAUUUUUCUGGCUGUUCUGAUCCGAGCCUCCGCACAUCAUGCAGAAUUCUGUAACUAUACCAGGAACUUCACGUCGAACAGCGCCUAUGUGAAGAACCGCGACACCAUCCUCAGCUCGCUCUCUGAAAACGUGGCUGCACAUGAUGGGUUCUGGAACAUGAGCACGGGCCAGAACCCAGACACCAUCUUUGCCCUCGCUUUCUGCCGAGGUGAUACGUCGGCAAAUCUCUGUGAGAACUGUGUGGGCACUGCGCUCCACGAUUUAGUGGAGAGGUGCCCCGACCAGAAGGGGGCUUUCUCCUGGGGAACUGGAGGCCAGCCAUGCUUUGUCCGAUACUCGGACACUCCAAUCUACGGCAUACUGCAAAUGGAACCUACCCUUUUGAUUGAUAGCGUCGACAUCAUCACCAUGAGCCCAGCAGUAUGGUGGAACUUGACGUUAGGAGUAUUGAACCAAGCUGUGGAUAGCCCUUCGAAGCUAAAGUUCGCAACGGGGCAGGCCACCUUGCCGGACAACCGUACGAUCUACUCAUUGUUGCAGUGCAGUCCUGACUUGUCGGCAAACAAUUGCAGGAGUUGCUUGAACGAAGCCAUUGACUAUGAUGAUAAGCACGGCCGCGGAAAGCAAGACAGCGGUGUUUAUAAGCCAAGCUGUAUUUUCCGGUGGGAUUUGUACCCGUUUGUGGAGUCAAGCCAUAGUCCAUCACCACCUCCGGCUGCUCCGGCUGCUCCUGGUGGAAAUUUCAGCAAAGGUACCUUGGUUGCAACUAUCGUUUCAGUCGCUGUUUUUGUAACGCUUCUCUUCAUCGGUUGUUGUUGGCUUCGGAGGAGGCGAGCACAGAAGAAAUAUGAAGCGGCAAAAGAAGAAUGUGGUGUAACCGAGAUCCCAUCCUUAAAGUCCUUGCAAUUUGAUUGGGAUACUUUACUUUCAGCAACGAACAACUUUUCUCAAGAAAACAAGCUUGGCGAAGGUGGAUUCGGGGAAGUUUUCCAGGGUAGACUUCCCAAUGGACGAGAUAUAGCAGUGAAGAGGCUAUCCCAGACUUCAGGGCAAGGCGGGGAAGAAUUUAAGAAUGAGAUUAUGCUGGUAGCGAAGCUUCAACACCGGAAUUUAGUGAGAUUGCUUGGAUUUUGCUUGGAAGGAGGGGAAAAGCUACUCGUAUAUGAGUUUGUGCCUAACAAAAGCUUGGACUACUUCUUCUUUGACCCCAUGAAAAGCAAGCAAUUGGAUUGGCCAAUACGUUACAAGAUAAUAUCAGGUAUCGCUCGAGGGAUGCUCUAUCUUCAUGAAGAUUCUCGGCUUCGAGUCAUUCACCGGGAUUUAAAAGCUAGCAACAUCUUACUAGACAACGAUAUGAGCCCCAAGAUUUCGGAUUUCGGCAUGGCGAGGAUUUUCAAAGUUGAUCAAAGUAACGCAAGCACUAAAAGAAUUGUAGGAACCUACGGUUACAUGUCCCCGGAAUAUGCUAUGCACGGACAAUUCUCCCAAAAGUCAGAUGUUUAUAGCUUCGGUGUCCUCCUUCUCGAGAUCAUUUGUGGCAAGAGGAAUAACUACUACUACCAAUCUAAUAGAGGCGAGGAUCUCACAAGCUAUGCUUGGAAACAUUGGAGAAGCGAUGCACCUUUGGAUAUAUUGGACCCGGCAUUGGGAGAAUCUUAUUCUAGAAGCCAAGUGCUCAAAUGCAUACAUAUCGGCUUCCUAUGCGUUCAGGAAGAUCCAGCCAAUAGACCGACCAUGGCAAACAUAGUUCUUGCGUUGAGUGGCCAAACUCUUAGUUUGCCAGUGCCACGAGAACCCGCCUUUUUCCUCCAAAGGGAAAUGCCGAAUAACUUCAUGGGGAGAGACCAGGUAUAUGAUCAAAUUACCAGCAGCUCUGUGCCAUUGUCGAUUAAUGAAGCGUCGGUCACCGAAGUCUACCCUCGAUGAAGCACAUGAACAUCUAUUCUCGACAUGAUUUCAUCUGCUUCUUGAGCUAAUAAUGUAAAUGUUGUGUCCAGAAGAACCAUUUACUUCUACAUGAAUAGUUGGAUGAGUGCGCUUGUAUAGUCACCAAUAAACUUGUAGUGAUGCGACUAUUUCCUUUUCUCUUCAUAGAGGUUAGAAGUAUAAGGCCAGAUUCUGAAGGUUAAAAGUAUAUUGCCAGAUUCUGAGUACCAGUCUAAUUCUGAGUAUCUUUUGGAUUAUAAUAUAAUUCUUAGUAUGUCUUAGAU